CAUUUUUAUACGAAACGUCUAACAUGGCGAUGAGUGAUUUCGUGAGGGGAAAAUCAUCGAAAUUUCUGCAAGAUAAGAUAUCAAGAUCAGUUUAUAUUGGCAAUUUGACGUUUGAAGCCUCUGAGGAUCAUCUGAGGAAUAUUUUUGAACAAGUUGGACCUAUCGUAAGCUUUAAGAUUUUUUUCGAUCGGGAAAAGGGAAGUGCUAUUGGUCAUGCAAUUUGCGAGUAUCACGAUCCAGAAAUAGCUAAAUCAGCUAUGAGAAAUCUUAAUAAUUAUGAUUAUUGCGGAAGACCAUUGCAUGUUGGAUCAGUUAAGAAUGAAGGAAAUCAUACAGACGAUUUACGUAGAAGACAACCCCCUUCUCAAAAGCCACCUCCUGCCGAAACGGGUGAAACUCCAGAAACAAUUUCUAGGGCUGUUGCAUCAUUACCACCAGAACAAAUGUUCGAAUUGAUGAAGCAAAUGAAAAUAUGUAUACAGAAUGACCCCAAUGAAGCUCGAAACAUGUUGUUGCAAAAUCCGCAACUAGCAUAUGCUUUACUACAAGCUCAAAUAGUAAUGAAAAUUGUUGAUCCACAAUUUGCAAUAGCAAUGUUACAUAGAGAAACAGAACUUAUACCACCCGCACUUGAUACCAAUAGCACUUCAUCUAGAACUACAGGACCACUAAAAAAUUCUUCAGAAAUAACUAUGAAUUCUGCUCAAACAUGGCCUCAAAAAGGGCUUAAGACAGAAGAUAUUAAACCUCCUUUCCAAGCUGGAGUGAUUGGAUCCCGAGAUCCUCGAAGAACCCUUUCAACGGAUCCUAGAUCGCAUAUGACGAACGACCCGAGAUCAGCCAUCUCAACAGACCCAAGAACAACCGCUUCAGUUGAUCCACGACCACCUCUUUUAGCUGAUCCAAGAGCAGCUCUGACAGCAGAUCGAAGAUCAGCCUUGGCUGGAGAUCCUAGGUCAAUUUCCUCUGUAGAUCCUAGGUCAGCCGCCUCGGUGGAUCCCAGGUCAGCUGCCUCGGUAGAUCCUAGAUCAGCUUCCUCGGUGGAUCCUAGAUCAGCUUCCUCAGUGGAUCCCAGAUCAGCUUCCUCGGUGGAUCCUAGAUCUUGGUCUGGAGCUUCAACAACUUUGCGAACAGAUUACCCUACUCAGCAAGGCGACGAUAAAACUGCUGUUCUCAUGCAAGUUCUGCAAUUAUCAGAAGACCAAAUUGCUAUGCUACCUCCCGAGCAAAGGCAAAGCAUACAAAUUUUGAGGGAACAAAUUGCUCGAUCCUCUAAUCCGACAUAA